UCAUGUUUUCGAAACUUGCACAUCCAAGACUGUCUGCUGUUCUCCAUCGUGGUAUUCAUGCUUCGGUGAGUUCAGCCACGUCUGUUGCGACUAAGAAAACGGUCCAGCGCCCACCGUCAUCUGACUACAUAUUUGAGCGGGAGGGCAAGUAUGGUGCGCAUAACUACCACCCGCUCCCUGUGGCUCUUGAAAGAGGAAAAGGCAUUUAUGUAUGGGACGUAGAAGGCAGAAGAUACUUCGACUUUUUAAGUGCUUACAGUGCUGUCAAUCAAGGUCAUUGUCACCCAAAGAUUGUGGCAGCAUUGAAAUCACAGUCUGAGAAACUUACCCUUACCUCAAGAGCAUUUUACAACGAUGUGCUUGGCGAAUAUGAGGAGUAUGUCACUAAAAUGUUCAACUACAACAAAGUGCUUCCAAUGAACACAGGUGUGGAGGCUGGAGAAACGGCAUGUAAGCUGGCUCGUAAGUGGGCAUAUACUGUAAAAGGAAUUCCAAAAUAUAAGGCAAAGAUGAUUUUUGCAGCUGGCAACUUUUGGGGAAGAACGUUAUCUGCUAUCUCGAGUUCUACAGAUCCUUCCAGCUAUGAUGGGUUUGGACCAUUCAUGCCAGGUUUUGAAGUCAUUCCAUACAAUGACUUGCCAGCUCUUGAGCGUGCACUUCAGGAUCCAAAUGUAGCAGCUUUCAUGGUUGAACCAAUUCAAGGUGAAGCUGGUGUGGUUGUUCCUGAUAACGGUUACCUAACAGGUGUGCGAGAGCUUUGCACAAAGCACAAUGUUCUGUUUAUUGCGGAUGAAAUUCAGACUGGGCUAGCUAGAACUGGGAAAAUGCUGGCCGUUGAUCAUGAAAAUGUGAGACCUGAUCUGGUCCUGCUUGGAAAGGCCUUGUCUGGAGGUGUUUAUCCCGUUUCUGCUGUACUGUGUGACGACGAAGUGAUGCUCACCAUUAAGCCCGGUGAGCAUGGCUCCACGUACGGAGGGAACCCACUGGCGUGUCGGGUGGCCAUAGCAGCACUGGAGGUAAUUGAAGAAGAAGAAUUAGUAAAAAAUGCAGAAACCGUGGGUAAUAUAUUAAGGAAUGAACUUAUGAAGACCCCAUCAGAUAUUGUGACGUGUGUCCGCGGGAGAGGAUUAUUAAAUGCGAUUGUUAUCCGUGAAACUAAAGACUUUGAUGCCUGGAAAGUGUGCCUGCGGCUCCGUGACAACGGGCUUUUGGCCAAGCCGACGCAUGGUGACAUAAUCAGAUUGGCCCCUCCGUUGGUGAUAAAGGAGGAUGAAAUCAGAGAAUGCAUCGAAAUCAUCCACAAAACAAUCUUGUCUUUCUGAAACCACAUGUUCAAAGCAUGCCUUUGAGUUGAAUCUAUAGUGUUCUUGCAACAAGUGACGCUCUGGAGUCCCCUAUUAA